CACGCUUUUUUUUUAUUGAAAUUGAAUUCUACAAAAUUUUACUUCAAUACGGAGUCGAAUUCUUUUUGUCUAUCUCCAAAGAAAAAAAUGGAAUACCGCGUACUCCUUUUAACCGGCAAAGUUGCAUUUAUGACCGCAUAUUACUUUAGAAAAUAUACAAAAAAAAUAAUUUAUUACCCCCAUCUCUAUUUUGAUUAAAAAAUGAGAAUUACGAUUUUCUUCACAGUGCCGGUUCAAUCACGACCGCCGAUCUCCCGUCUCCCCAGAAAUGGUGAAACUCAGCAACGAUCUGCUAGUCCUCCUCAACUUCAUCUCCCUCGUGAUCUCGAUCCCGAUCAUCGCCGGCGGCGUCCGGCUCUCCAACCAGUCCAACUCCGACUGCGAGCGCUUCCUCGACAAGCCGCUGACGGUCCUCGGAGUGUUUCUCCUGCUCUUCUCACUCGCCGGCGUCAUCGGCGCGUGCCGCAGAGUCUACUGCCUUCUCUGGAUCUACCUGGUCGGAGUCCUCUUCCUCAUCCUCCUCCUCCUCGGAUUCACCAUCUUCGCCUUCGUGGUCACCAACAAAGGCGCCGGCGAGGCUGUUUCCGGCAGGGGAUACAAAGAGUACAGGCUGGGAGAUUACUCCCACUGGUUGCAGAACAAGGUCGAUAAGAAUUGGGGAAGCAUCCGGAGCUGCCUGGAGGAGGGCAAAAUCUGCCAGAAAUUGAUUGACAAUGGCAAUUCUAGUAAUAAUCUGAUGGUUGCUGAUAAUUUCUACAAACUACACCUCUCUGCUCUUCAGUCGGGUUGCUGCAAGCCACCAAACGACUGCAACUUCACGUACGUGAGCCCAACGAAGUGGAUCGCGACGGCGGCCCAGCCCAUCGAGCUUAUGAUGGCGGAGCCGAUGCGGCCCAACAACACAGACUGCGAUAACUGGAGCAAUGACCCGAAGAGGUUGUGCUACAGCUGCGAGUCGUGCAAGGCCGGGCUGAUCGACAACAUCAAGUCCGACUGGAAGAAGGUGGCCCAACUCAACAUCAUCCUCCUCGUCAUCCUCGUCGUCGUGUAUUUACUCGGAGGUUGUGCUUUCCACAACAGACACCACCACACUUGUUGUUGUUGUUAAUUACUCCCUCCGUCCCAAUUUAAAUCGCUUACGAUGUUUGACUGAAGUUCUUUCUAAAUCAUUUUACAUGAAAAAUGUCAUCGAAUUAGAAAAUAAGAAUUACAUAUUUAAAAGUUACAUAAAAAAAUCUACAAAAU